AUGCAAGAAUCACUAUCAGCUUCGAAAUUCUUUCUUUCAUUAUUCGUCACCGAACCAGAUAUUCGUUUGUGUAUUACGAUUUUGCGAGCUGAUGCAACAGAUCCUACCGGCUUCGAACUUGUAUACGACAAUAAAAAACAUUAUCAUUCGAUAAAUACUACAUCCGAUCGUAACGAUGGGCCCUUCAACACUAAAUCUGCCGGCAUUAAGUCUGGUGAUCGUUUGAUUGAAAUGAAUGGUCAAAGUAUCGAACAUCUGGUUCCGAAAGUCUUGAGAAAACAUAUUCAUAAUAUAAGAUAUCCUGAUCCACUACAAAUGCUUGUUAUUGACACUUCAACCUAUGAUGACUGCCAAACACGAAAUGAACGUAUCCACCAAAAUCUUCCAAAUGUUCAAAUUAUGCCUUCCAAUCAACGAACGUUAUGUCUAUAUGCUUCAUUUUCAUAUUCAAUCUGUCCCUGUUUUCUUAGCGCUUGA